AUGUGCCGCACUCAAUCCGACUCCAUCCAAGAGCUGGCCUUAAAAUGCAGGGCGAAACAACGACUCGAAUGCGAUGGAAUAAACCAUCCAUCCGUUGCGCAGUUGGCGUCUAAGCAAAAUGAAAAGGAUGAUAGGGAUCGCGAGUGCGGGGAGGCAACGUUCGCGUGGAAUGUUGGCGCGAUGGCUGCGCCGGCGCAGGGCGAGAGCCCGCGCCCGCCGCCGCCCGUGACUCACCGCUCGGACAUCUCACCACGCUCCCAUUGGGGAAGUACGCACUUAAUCACCGCUCUCCGUUCGGAAACAACCGCUGACCGC